AUGGAACAAUCAGCAGUGAGCGUUAUGGCCUUGUUGAUGGCGACGUUAGUACCUCCCCCUGCACGUGGUGUGAUGACAUUUGACACAGGCGCCGGUAAAGAGUACAAGCUCAGGGUGACUCAGGAUGUCACGUUAGAGAGGGGAAGUGUAAACUUUAACAGUUUGGAAUAUCUUAUAGUAUCCAAACACCCAGGAUAUCCCAACAAGCGCUCAUUGGUCCAGUUUGAAGAUCUUCCUCGCUCGUGUCCAUCAUCAAAUAUACUUUCAGCUAAAAUGCACCUGUACUAUGAAUAUUCCCACAAAGCAAGUGGUAGUUCUUUCAAAACUGUUCCUUUUAUUCCACGCCAUCUGCGAGUGUACCUGGUUAAAAAACCAUGGGACGAAUCUCAAACGACCAGUACAAUGCGCCUCCGUGGCAUCCCUUGGUCUUCUCCGUGGCUAGCGCUGGAUGGCACCGACGCUGAGGCAACUCCCCAGCAAGGAACUGUCACUAUAUUUCCGCACCAACCCAAAGGUUUUGUGGAGUUUGACGUCACGAAUGCAGUGAAGGACUGGAGUAGUGGAGUACCUAAUAACGGCUUGGUGAUACGCGCAACAAACGAGCUUGAUCCUGGCAGGGAUACACGUUUUGCCAGCAACGCCAACAUGGAUAGUUCGACGCAUGCGUUUGUUUUGGUGCGCUGCAGCGAU